AUGGAUUGUAAAAAACUAGAGAUUGAAAUUGAUCCAGAGACUAAAAAGAAAAUCAUAAAUCAACAAUAUUUAAUCAUUAAAAAGAUUGGUCAAGGACAAUUUGGUAAAGUAUUUUUAGGUAAAGUUUUACAACGACAACAGCAACAAAAUUCUAAUUCAUAUGUUGCCAUAAAAACAAUAAAUAGAAUUGAUAAAUCAAAAUUAAUUACAAAAUCAUAUAUAAAUAAUAAUUCAAAAAUUGCAAAAGAAAUUGAAAUUUUAAAACAAUGUAAUCAUCCAAAUGUUGUUAAAUUAAUUAGUGUUAUAGAUGAUUUAUAUUUUGAUAAAAUUUUUUUAAUCUUGGAACAUUGUAAAUAUCAAGAAAUUGAUUAUAAAUCAUAUAAUCAUUAUUAUGAAAAAUAUAAUCACUUGAGAAAAAAUCCAUUAAAUUUAAAUAAAAUUUUAAGAGAUGUUAUAAAUGGUUUAGAAUAUUUACAUGAUUACAAAAAUAUAAUUCAUAGAGAUAUAAAACCUUCAAAUUUAUUAAUUGAUGAAAAUAAUAAUAUUAAAAUAUCAGAUUUUGGAGUAAGUUUGAUUCUAGAGAAUAAUUUAGAUAAUAAUUCAAAGGAAUUAUUGAAAACAACGGGGACUCCAGCUUUUUAUGCACCUGAAUUAUGUCAAUUUAUAACAAAUAAUAUGAAUUCAACUACAAAAAUUUAUGAAAUUAGUAAAAAAAUUGAUAUUUGGUCAUUAGGAAUAACUUUAUAUAGUUUAAUUUUUAAUAUUGUUCCAUUUAAUGGUAAAAAUGAAUAUCAAACUUUAAACAAGAUAUUAAAUGAAGAAGUUAAAUUUCCAAUAACUUUAAAAUCAAAAAGAAUUACUGAUGAUGAUAUUAUUGAAUUUAAUUAUUUAAAAGAUUUGAUAAAGCAGACAUUAAUUAAAGAUCCAAAUGAUAGAAUUACGAUAAAAGAGAUCAAGAAUCAUAAAUUUACAUUGUUUGAUUUAAAUCUUAAGGAAAUCGAUAAAUUUUUAAAAUUUAAUGAUAAAUAUUGUAUUAAGAAAGAUAAUGGGUUUUCAUCAAAAUUUAAAAAAUUAUUUGCAAAGAAUAACAGUACUACAACACACACUAACGAGCCAAUCACAACACAAGUACACUCAAAUCAUGUACAACAUGACCCAACUCAAGAUUUAAAACAUGUGGAUGAUCUACUAGAUUCAUAUUUGGAUGAUUCCUCUUCAUUAAGUAGUAUGGAUGAUGCAGAACCAAUAAAUACAAAUAAUUUAUUAGAAGAUUUACAUUUAUCAUCAACAUCUUCUCAUUCAACAUCACCAACUAAAUAUAAACCUCCAAGUUUAAAUUUAGAAUCAAAUAACCACCACCAACAACAAAAAAAUGAUAUAUAUACAUAUCAAAAUAGAUCUUUAAAAGAUUUAAAUUUAUCAUUUACUCAACCACCAUCAUUGUCUGCAAAUACACAAAAUUCCAAAACUAUAAUAACACCAAGUAAUUCAAUUCAUUCAUCAUUAUCUACUCCUAUAAAUGAUUCAUUUGCAACAAUUGGUCAACCAUCACCAACAAAUCCUCAACAAUUUUUUAGUCCCAAAAAGAGAUUUUUUGAUAAUCAAUCAAUUAAUUCAUCAAAUCAUCAAACUACUACAACGACAAUACAACCUUCUAUAAAAUCAUUAUCAUAUGAAGAACAUAACUUUGAAGAUCCAUCAAAUUAUCAUUCCCAUUAUCAUCAAUUUGAAAGACCAUCUAGUAUUGGAUCAAAUAAUAGUCUACGUAGAUUACCAAGUUCUUCAAGUUCAUUAAAUUUAAAUGGUUAUUUUAAUGAUAAUGAAUCAAUAAUUUCAAAUCAUUCAAUAACAAAAUAUAAUCUUAAGAAUAAUUCAAGUAGUAAGACUAAGAAUCAUUCACAAUUUAAAACCAAUGGAUUUGAGAAAAAAAAGGAUGAUACGAAUAAAGAUAAUGACAAUAAUGAUAAUGAUGAUAAUAAUAAUGAUACUACGAUUAAUUUGCUGGACAAUUUUAAUCUUGGUAUAAAAUAUAAAGAUUUAAGUAGUUAUUUAGAUGGUUUAGAAGAUAUUUAA